GGAAAAAUAAGAAACAAGAACAACUAGGGUUUCUUUAACCUAGCUUGUUUUUUAUUUUUUGUUAUUUUCUAUGAGGAUAACAGCUUUAAGAAUAUCUUUACAGUUAUCUAUGAACUAUCAACUGCAAAGUCCUUUGACUUUGAUAGAUAUAUGAAUGAAUCUUUUUUUUCUCAAGACACAAUUUUCCUUUUGAUUUUUGCUACCUUUUGAAUCUUUCUUUUCGAUUUUGAUAGUUCUUUGUGACUAUAUAUAGUCAACAAAAAUGAUUUCGCUAGAUUUCAUCAUACGUCUGAAGAGCCUGGAGAACAGACGAAACAGAAGGUCCGAACCAAACGUUAAGGAUCGUCUUUUCUCAGGGGAGUUAUCGGACGGUGGCAGACGAGCCAGCGAUGGUGUCCCGAGAGGACAUCUUGCGGUCUACGUUGGCCGUGAUGAGAUGCAGAGGUUUGUGAUACCGACCAAGUAUCUUCAAUAUCCUGAAUUUAGGGUUUUGAUGGACGAAGUAGCGGACGAGUUUGGUUAUGACCAUGAAGGAGGGAUUCAUAUUCCUUGUGAGGAAAGUGUUUUUGAAGAGAUUUUGAUUAGAUACAUGUCACAUGACAAGAAGAAGUAAGUGACUAAAG